GUUGUAAACCCUAGUUCUCAAUAUUACAUGUGACUUAAAAAACAUGAAUUCAAUUGCUAUUUAUCCGCGAAUCGUUUGUUUGGCAUUAAUUUACUGUAUAUAUUGUUGUAUUCAAACCCUGGGCUCCAAUAUUGACACAGAAUUUCCACUGAUUUUUAAACCAACGUUUGGUCAAAAUGACGAAAAUUAUUUCGGACUUACAGUUGAAAUGCAAAGUAUCCGCAAUAAGACCAACUUUAUAAUCGGUGCCCCGAAAACACAGUCUACACUAUAUAAUGCCAAACACACGGGAACUGUAUUCAAGUGUUGGAUUCAAUAUAAUUUAAGCACAAUUUGCGAUGAAAUAAAUCUCGAUUUUCGUCGUAUCGCCGCUUCAAACCGCCGCUCCUCACCACUGACUGCCGACCAGAUGGCAAGGGAUGACAUGUUUUUGGGCGGCACAGUAGUGGCCGACCCUAAGAGUAGUCGAGUGGCCGUUUGCGGACACAAGUGGUGGCAAGAAUUGCAUGCGAAUCGACCGCAACACCAACGGAAUCCAUCGGGAAGUUGUUUUAUAGUGGAUUUGGAAAAACCAAAUGACACUCCGUUUGGUAUAUUCCCAUUGCGUGAUCCGAACCUACAAAUCCAACACAACACGUAUUACUACAGUCAUUCAAUGAGUGGUUUCUCGGCCGCAUUCACACAUAAUAGUGAUAGUCUAUUGAUGGGAUCACCUGGAUUUUAUCAAUGGCGGGGAACACUUCUCGAAACAGAACCCAUUAAUAUGGGUGUCAAUGGAUUACUUAAAGAAAAGGCUAUUUUUCACCAACGCUUGACAGCCAGCGAAGCAUAUGUGGGCUAUUCAUUAGCAUCUGGCCACUUUUUAUCAGGAAGUCAAUAUUCGUUAGCUAUAGGCGCGCCCCGAGACGCGAAUUUCAAAGGGAAAGUGUAUAUCUAUAACAUGUGGUCAAAUCACUUCUUUGAUGAUAUCGGAGGCACACAAAUGGGAGAAUACUUUGGCUAUAGUUUGCUAUCAGUUAACGUAAAUAACGAUGAAUUCAGUGAUCUUAUAGUCGGCGCCCCUUUCUAUUCAAAUAAGUAUUCAUACGAUUGCGGACGCGUUUACGUCUAUUUAAGCUCAGGAAACGGUUUUGAUAAAUUAAAACCGCAAAUAUUGAGUGGAUCCGAUACAAGUGGUUCCCGAUUUGGGACAUCGAUUGCCAAUUUGGGUGAUAUUAACUUUGAUGGAUAUAAUGAAAUAGCUGUGGGUGCACCUUAUGAAGAUGACCAUGGUGCUGUUUAUGUUUAUUCUGGUAGCAAAUACGGUCUAUUACCUAAAUAUUUACAGAGAAUUUCAGCGAAUGAACACUUAAAUCAGUUUAAUUUAAUGGGUUUUGGUAUUAGUAUUGCGGGGAAGAGAGACGUCGAUAAUAAUCAUUACAACGAUUUAUUAAUUGGAUCCUAUUUGACAAAUAAAGCUGUUUUGUUGAGGACAAAACCAAUAGUGAAUAUAAUGGCAGAGAUUCGGCUCAACGCCAGUCAUAUCAAUGUAAACGAAAGAAAUUGUCUGUAUUUGGAUCCCAUAUCUGGAAUGGGAAGACAUAGACCGUGUGUUGGGGCCAAGUAUUGCAUACAAUACGAGGGCACUCACGUCCCCUCCUCUUUGAAUCUCAAUAUAAGUAUACAGUUAGACAGUCGACGACCUGAGAGUACCCGAUGUUUUACGGUCUAUAAAAAUCAGAUCAAGUUUGCGAUUACAAAAAUACUGACUAUCAGUGCUUAUUCAACGGAGAGUUGUUCCGAUGAAUUCACUGUCUAUCUAAAAGAUAGGUCUCUAGUCGAUGACAUUUUCACGCCUAUACAGUUGUCUCUCAGCUAUUCUCUCAUUCAAUUGCAAACAAAGGGCACAUUUUGUCCCAAAUGUCCGAUCAUUAAAGACACUAAACUCAUCACAAAUCAAAUACACUUUCAAACUGGUUGUAGAAUUGACGAGAAAUGUGUUUCUAAAUUACAAAUAUCGACCAAAACUUUGUUAAAUAGUGUACUUUCAAUGAAAACCGAUCCGAUUCUUGAAGGAUAUCACAAAAGUCUGACUUUAGUAACAAAUGUUGACAAUAGCGGCGAACCCUCUUAUUUGACCAAAUUAUUGAUUACCACAAAUCCAAAGCUACAACUUAUCAAACAAGACAGUAGGUGUCGAUUACCUAAUUAUAACACUAAUAACCAGACGGACGGCUAUUUACUGGAAUGUGAAGUCGGAAAUCCAUUGAAAUCCCAUAAACAGCAAGAAAUUUCUAUACCAUUAGAUAUUUCUAAAUUAGAUUUAGAUAUCAACGAAAUUGAAGUCACAAUAGAGUUGAAGAGUGCGAGUGAAGUGACUAAAGACAGCGUUUUGAACGAAACAUUUACCAUUCAAGUGGUUAGGAAUGCGAGUCUAUUAAUGAUUGGACAUCCAUUAGAAUCGGAGUUAAUAUACGAGAAAGAAAGCAAACGAAAACAGGAUUUCAUUCAAUUCUCGGCAGCUUUUCAACUAAUCAAACAGCAUUGGAGUUCUGUCGGCAAUGUGUUUAUCGAAAUCAAUUUUCCCGGACUUUUCAAUAAACAGCCGUUUCUUUAUCGACCCGUUGUGGAGUUAAGUGGAGGCGUGUCCGUCAACUGCAACCGAACUGUCUUAGAGUUACCGAUGAUUCCGAUGACCAGAAACGCUGACAAAAGCACAGAUAUUGAUAGUCAACGUAACCGUCGAGAUAAUAGCGGCCAAAAGCAAAUAUCUACCGAUAAAAGAACUUUACAAUUGGAAUGCAAUUCGAGGAUAGAGUGCGUGAAGAUGGAGUGUUUUGCCGGUCCUUUCACUUCAGACAAACAAAUGGCCAAAUUUUUUGUUCAUUCGGCGCUCAAUAUAAAAACAAUUGAAUCCAUUUUUGGUAAAAAAUACGAUACAAUCAAACUUCGGGUUCAAUCGAAAGCUAUUAUUUCCGAUUCAAGAAUUGUAUCAAAAGUGGAACAGAUUUCGACGGAUUUCGUGUUCAAACGGAUCGACUUAAAGCCAGAACCGAUUGCGAAAUGGAUUAUAUUUGUGAGCAUUGCUGUCGGACUCUUUGGAUUCUUUCGGCGAACGAAACCACAAACUGAAGACACGAACGAAUGGGUGACACCUAAUAGUGAUGACCAACAAAUUGAGAGAAAUUCAUUGCUUGAAGUGCAAGAACUCAAUGAUAACGACUUUGGGGACCAAAUACAACACAUCAAUAGUAGUAAUCAAACAAAUGGAUUAAAAUCAUAACAAUUAAACAAAAUAAAAACGUAAAAAUUGACAAAAAAAAUCGCGUUUAUUAUUACAUUUGAAAAUAAGUAUUUCAAAACUCAUUCAAAUAAUUAGUAC